CCGAUUAUGCGGGCAAGCAGCGCCGGGAGAUGGGCUUCGCUCAGUCAGGUCGCAAGUCGGCAAGUACUCACUGCAGGUAGAACAAACUGAAUGGGACAAUAAAUGGGAACACACCAUUGAAGACCUGGGACCAGUUCACUCCCUGGGACUGGAACCAUCAUGCUACAACUUGUUGCCACCUGUGACCGUGCAUGUGUGAGUGUACAGAUGUGAUAUGCGUUAGCCUCGGGACAGAAACUGUGCACCUUACCGACACAAUGUCACAGAGGGAAAACAAGCAUCUGAAAGGAGAUGAAGGCCUACGAUGAGGAUCUCGGUGGAGUUUGCAUGUCUUCACUUUUUUUUUUUUUUUUUUUUUUUUUUUUUUUUUUUUUUUUUUUUUUUUUUUUUGUGCGGGGACUUCGGCUUGGUGAUGCUCCCAAAUGCGAGUCGCUAAGCUGCAUGGUGUGACUGAGGCAUAUCAGCCAAGCGGGUGCGGUGGCGCUGUCUUUCAGCACAGAAUCAGCAGGGAUCCAACAGCGCCAAGCGGUUGGGUGUGCACACAGGCCCUGUAGUUCAGCAGGGCUCCAGUACGCAGGGGGUCAACUGCACUGCAGUGAAGUCUACCCAGUUGUGUUGGGUAGAAUACACGAAAUCCAAUUGUUAUGACAACAUGUUCUGUUCCUGCUGUUACGAGGGGUAUGACGAAAGGACACAAGGGAUUUGGUACUUGCAGAGUUCCAUCCUUGAUUCCUUUCCUUGAAAGGGCAUACCAUCACGCAGUAGGGGGAAAAAGCCCCCAUCCUUUCUGGUUGAUCGUCAUGCAGCUCUGAGGGAUACUGGUCCCUUUCACCAUUGAUCCCUUCUGCGAUUGAUCGUCAUGCGGCACUGAAGGAAAGUGGUCCCUUUCGCCAUUGAUUUGUGUAUGAAUUUAGCUUUGUGAAGGCUAUAUCUGAGAUGGGUAGUACGUGCUUUGGAGUGUGGGAUGUGAAAGCAUCCAUCUCUUCAUCUGCUGCUGCCAGAACAGCAUUGCUGCCUGCGGGUUGUGUUGCAUUUACGGACGUGCAGCAUGUCAGAACUUCGAGGGCUUGUGGCACGAAGAUGUCCAAGCGGCAUAGAACUCCUGUUCUUCUUCGCCUUCUUGAGGGAUGUCCAUCCAUCUGCAAUCCUUCAUUUUGUUCCGAUCUGGCAAAAUUUGGCACGCGUGUCCUGUGCCCUACCGGCCGUCGAUGCCGCCAUUUCGUUGGAACGUGCGAUUCUCUGAGGUGCAGAGCUACUGCAAAGAGGAACGUCGUCACUUCGAGCUUGCGCACUCCCCACAGUGGGUAUCAUUUUGAUGGGAGCAAGCGCAGGUUCUUCGAAGGGUGGUAUUUUAAAGUGAGUUUGCCGGAGGAGAAGGAUAGCUUCGCAUUCAUGUACUCGAUUGAGGAUCCUGGGCAAGAAUCGUCUUCCAGUGGCAAGGACACCGAUGUGGCUGGCUCCCUCCGCGAUGCAUGUACCAAGUCUUCUGACUCCCAUGUGGGCGUAGGCGCACAGAUUAUGGGGCCUCGCGAUACCUAUCUUAUGAGGUACAGCAGAGACGUGCAGCACUUCUGGGCAAGCCCAGUAGAACUUGAGCUGGGAAAUGCCUUUGAUAUGGCGCAACGAAGUGCAAAAAAGCACCCUCGCAGUAUGAUUCCUGCUGAUGAGUUUGCAUUGAACGUCGACCAGGGGUUUCAAGCGUCAACAACCUUUCAUCAGGGGGUCCUCUUUGACGACGGGAGCUCUCCUGAUGUCUCGACGGUCCCCGUUGCCAAGUGGGAGUACAGCACAGUACCAGUCUACGGUUGGGGCAAUGUGGUUGAGAGACAGAAGGCCACUGCUGGGUGGUUGGCAGCCUUGCCUGUGUUCGAGCCCCAUUGGCAGAUUCUCAUGGCAGCUGGAAGAUCGACCGGUUGGAUUGAAUGGGGCGGGAAGCGGUUCGAGUUCGAAGAUGCUCCAUCUUAUUCUGAGAAGAACUGGGGUGGUUCGUUCCCUCGCAAAUGGUUUUGGGUCCAAUGCAAUGUCUUCGAAGGUGCGACGGGCACAGUGGCCUUGACUGCUGGAGGUGGGCGACGUGGCACUCCUCUUGCAGCAGGCAGAGAAGAGGAGGUUGCAUUGAUCGGGAUUCAUUAUGGUGGUCAGUUCUACGAGUUCGUUCCCUGGACGGGUAAGGUCUCGUGGGAUAUUGCGCCCUGGGGCUCGUGGACGAUGUCCGCUAUGACCACGGAUUACGAGGUGGAGCUGUUUGCAACAACGGACUCGGAAGGCGUUGUGCUCCGCGCUCCAACGGCGGACGCAGGCCUUACACAGGCAUGCAGAGACACUUUCUCAGGCACACUGCAGCUUAAGUUGUGGGAGGUGUCCAAUGGACGACGCGGAAUUUGCAUACUAGAUGUGACCAGCACUAUGGCCGCCUUGGAGGUUGGCGGAGGCCCUUGGUGGGGUAGGUGGGUAAAGGAGUCAGAAAUGAACGAGCCGGUGAAGUCCAUAGUUGGUCUUCCACUUGACGUAGGGUCGCUCUUGAGCCAUCUUCCUGGGGGAUUUUCCCUUCCCGGGUUAUGAAGUUGGCGCGAGCCAACUGCAGGGUACAGUUGCAGUGGCCACGAAUAAACACCCCAAUACCUACUCCCUCCCCUCCUCUUUCCCCCCCCCCACACACACACACAAAAAAAAAAAAGGAAAAAAAACCUCCCUGUUUGUUCGGGAUGUGUGGUUCAAAAGCAUAGCUGGUGUUCUGUUGUUGUUUUGAUCGGGUGAUCCAAGGGGAGCGGAUGCUGAAUACCAUUAAGUGGUCAUUAUACAUCAUCUUCAGAAAGAACAAGCACUCGACAGCCCCUCUCAAGCAACAGAUUUCAGUGUGUGACUCAGUUUGCAGUGACUCAUCUGUGUGGGGGAUAGUUCUCGAAACACAAUCGAAUUGCGACAUGAUUUCUCCCUGUGCUGGGGUCUGCUUUUUGUGAGGAGAAGGUGCAGAUGAAUGUCGCUGUGGCGCUUACAGAGUC